AUGGCUUCAUGGUAUCGAAGAGAAGACCCACUUCCCUACGAAACAGCUGAAUUAAUCAUAAGUGCUAUUAUACCUUUGAUUCUUAUUAUAAUUGGGACUUUCGGUAAUGUUAUAUCCAUGAUCAUUUUACUUAAUCGACAAAAUCGUGGAACAUCAACCAAUAUCUAUUUGAUAUUUUUAUGUCUUAUGGAUACGAUAUCACUUUAUCAAUGGAAUUUAAAACAUGCUGUUUAUACAAUUACAGCAGGUAGACGAGAAAUAUGGGGACGAUCAGUGUUUCUUUGUCAAUUGGGUCAAUUUUUUGCUUUUUACACUUUACAUACAUCAGCUAUGUUUCUUACUUUUGUGGAACUUGAUCGUGCUUGUUUAUUACGUAGUACAUGGUAUAAAAGAAAAAUAGCUCAACCACGUAUAGCAUUAAUAAUCUGUACUAUUAUUCUAGUGAUUUUAUUUGCAUUGAAUGGAUUUUUAUUUGGAUUAGGUUUUGAAUAUUCUAUCUAUAAUAAUAGUACUGGUAUACAAGAAACACUUAUAGCAUGCUAUUACUCAUUGAAUCCACAGCUCAAUAAUUUCUUUAGUUUUCAAUACGUAUGGAUUCAUCUUGUAGUCAUGUAUAUUGUGCCAUUUAUUGUUAUUAUUGUUUGUACAUUGCUCAUAGUGAAAAAGUUGAUUGUUAAACAAACAUUUACAAAUAAUCAAUUAUCAAUUAGUGCUCAACGCAAUCGUCGUAUUUCAAUAAUGCUUUUACUCAUGUGUUUGACUUAUGCUGUUUGUACUUUACCUAAUCGUCUUUGUUUUUCAGUUUUCGAGAGUCAGCUUAUUGGUCAUGACUAUACAGAUACAGUAUUUCUUGCAACGAAUACAUUAAUGUAUACAAGAAAUGCAUUGAAUGCAUUCUUUCUUUAUAUAUCUGUAUAUGGUUUUCGACGAGAUGUGCGUCAAUUGAUGUUUACGUGUUGGGUAAAAUUAACAGGGAAAGGUGUUCCACACGAGAACAACGGUAAUGAACAUGUCGACACAACAAUGUUACGUGAACCAGGUAGAAAUGCAAUUACUACAAUGCCAAUCAGAAAAACUGCUCAAUGA